AAACAUGUCUGGACGCGGCAAGCAGGGCGGCAAGGCUCGCGCCAAGGCCAAGACCCGCUCGUCCCGGGCCGGCCUGCAGUUCCCCGUGGGCCGCGUGCACCGGCUGCUCCGCAAGGGCAACUACUCGGAGCGGGUGGGCGCCGGCGCCCCGGUCUACCUGGCGGCCGUGCUGGAGUACCUGACGGCCGAGAUCCUGGAGCUGGCUGGCAACGCGGCCCGCGACAACAAGAAGACGCGCAUCAUCCCGCGCCACCUGCAGCUGGCCAUCCGCAACGACGAGGAGCUCAACAAGCUGCUGGGCCGCGUCACCAUCGCGCAGGGCGGCGUCCUGCCCAACAUCCAGGCGGUGCUGCUGCCCAAGAAGACCGAGAGCCACCACAAGGCCAAGGGGAAAUAAGACCAGUGCUCUUAGUUUUUUUUCUGUGAACCCAAAGGCUCUUUUCAGAGCCAUCACCUUUUCAUAUGAGAGUUUAGUAACCUAAACCAGUUUCUAGUGAGCGAUAAAACCACUACGUCAGUG